AUGCACCCAGGUGCCCAACACAACUGCUCAUCGAGAAUAAGGUCCAUCUUCCUUCCCAUUAUGGUUGUCACCCUGCCGCUUCCCGCUGCUGUCGUCGGAGUUUGGCCAGCUGGCAUGGUCGAGAUUCUACAAUGGUUCGGAUUUUGGUGUUUUGCUGGUCUUCUAACAGUUCCCUGGCUCUUUUGCAUCUACCAGCUGGUCACCAAUCAACUCGGCCGCACCAAGAGAAUCAAGCAGGUCCUCGAUGAAGUGUCUGCACCUAAAGUUGUCAUUGUCAUGCCAUGCUACAAGGAGGAACCGGAUAUACUCGUCAAGGCUGUCAAUUCUGUUGUUGACUGCGACUAUCCACCGUCAUGUAUCCAUGUCUUCUUGUCGUUCGAUGGCGACCAGGAGGAUGAACUCUACCUAAGGACCAUUGAGAGUCUGGGCAUUUCCUUGACCCUCGAGUCCUACCCCAAGAGUAUCGAUGUCAUUUACAAACUGGCCCGUAUAACAGUCUCCAGAUUUUCGCAUGGCGGUAAGAGACACUGUCAGAAGGCCACGUUCGAGCUCAUCGAUAAAGUCUAUCGGCACUACAUCCAGCGCAACGACAACUUGUUCAUUCUUUUCAUCGACUCGGAUUGCAUUUUGGAUCGACAUUGUCUGCAGAAUUUCGUCUAUGACAUGGAGCUGAGCCCAGGUAACCGACGAGACAUGCUGGCCAUGACUGGAGUCAUCACAUCCACCACCAGGAAGCACAGCCUCAUAACAAUUCUUCAAGACAUAGAGUACGUCCACGGACAGCUCUUUGAGCGCACUGUCGAGUCAGGAUGUGGCUCUGUCACUUGCCUGCCCGGUGCUCUGACAAUGCUCCGGUUCUCUGCAUUCCGUAGGAUGGCGAAAUACUAUUUCGCAGACAAGGCCGAGCAGUGCGACGACCUCUUCGACUUCGCCAAAUGCCACCUGGGAGAAGAUCGUUGGCUGACGCAUUUGUUCAUGAUCGGAGCGAAGAAGCGGUAUCAGAUCCAAAUGUGCACAUCCGCCUUCUGCAAAACAGAGGCCGCGCAAACGACCAAGUCCCUCAUCAAACAACGUCGAAGAUGGUUUCUAGGUUUCAUCACCAAUGAAGCGUGCAUGCUCACGGACUGGCGGCUUUGGAAACGAUAUCCGGUCCUAAUCUUCGUUCGCUUCAUGCAGAAUACAAUCCGCACAACGGCUCUAUUGUUCUUUAUCAUGGUCCUCGCCAUCAUCACAACGUCGAAAAAGGUUGAUCAGCUGCCUGUCGGGUUCAUCGCCGUUUCCCUGGGGCUGAACUGGCUUCUGAUGAUAUAUUUUGGAGCCAAGCUCAAGCGGUUCAAGGUUUGGCUGUACCAACGUCGGACACAAAAGCCAGCAAUUCCAAUACUCGAUUUACCCUCCCCCGUUCUUGCACACAACAGGCUCCAUAGUGGGCAUUCUAGCGAGUUAAUGUUCAAGGGAAACCAAGGCGGUGGCCUCGGCAGAAAGACCAGCGUGGUACGGCCGCCGGAUGAGAUCGACGGCCGCUUCGCAGCACGGAAUCAGCUGCACGGAGGCUUCUUCACGCACGGCGACGAGUCUCUCGUCAGCAUCGCAGCCGGCGGGAGUGGAGAGGCGUCGGAGCCUGGCACCCGCUUGGCGCCUGAUCCUCGUGAAAGCUUCGACAGCACUCUCCAUAGUCAGACUUACGGCAACUAUGGGGCUCCUCCGCGUCGAUUGGAAAGCGUCAUGGACGAGGAGGACCGGAAGAAGUUCGAACUCGCACAGCAGAGCCAGUCGUACAUCAUUUUACGGCCAGCUCCAAUCGUGUAG